AUGAAAGAUAAUACAAUGAGUAGUACUGAUCAAAAGUUGGUCUUCUCAAGAAGUUUUAGCCGCAAGGAACAAAAAAUAUUUGGUUGUGGAGCUCUCGUUGGUUGUCUCAUUGUUGCUGUCACAUUUUCCACGGUUUUCAAGUCCUAUCUUCAUCCUAUAUCUGAUCAUUUUGAAGUAGAGACUACGAUAUAUCCGAGUAUUCGUAACUGGAGCGAUUCGAGAUCGGACGUGUACGAAAUAACCGGCGAUGUGAGAUUCGACGGCCGCUCGUUCACCAUCUUCGCAGAUUAUGCUAUAGACAACAAUGCCUCCGAGUGGACAGUGAAACCGUAUGCCCGAAAAUUCGAUGAGUUCGCCAUGAGUAAGGUCUCCUCCCUAACGGUCAAACAUGUGAUGUCAUCCCAUAAAGAUAGUAAUAGAAAUAACGACGAAACCCCAAUCAAGAUGCCUAACUGCGACAGGAUGUCGCGCGUGUGGACACCUGUCGUCGUCUUCUCGACGGGUGGCUUCUCGAGCAACUAUUUCCACGCCUUCACCGAUGUCCUCUUACCAUUGUACUCCACGUCCAUCCGGUUCGGGCGAGACGUUCUCCUCGUCACGCUCGACGGGCCGCUAUCGUGGGCCCACAAGUAUAAGAAAAUCCUCGAUCGGCUCUCUAAAUACGACGUCAUCUCCAUUCCCAAGUCCGAGAAUCAUGACCGAGCAUUUUGCUUCUCGCGGGUGGUCGUGGGCCUCAGAGCCGAAAGGGAGUUCACGGCUAACGAGCGUUCGACGCCAGAGUUCGCGAGGUUGGUCCGGAGCGCGUACUCCCUCAAGAGGGGGGUUGUGUAUUCGAAAUCGAGCCCCCGAUCCCGAAUGCUCAUCGUGUGUCGGAGGAAGGGUCGGCGCCUCGUGAACCGAGUGGAGGUCGUCCGCGUGGCGCAGGGGCUAGGGUUCGACGUGGUAAUGAGGGAGAUGGGGGAUGACAUGGCGGAGGUUGCACGGCUCGUGAACGGGUUCGAUGUGAUGGUCGCGGUUCACGGGGCGGGACUCACCAACAUGGUGUUCCUUCCACGAGGGGCGAUUGUGGUGCAGGUCGUGCCUUACGGGCUGCAAUGGGUGGCUCGGAAGUGCUUUGAGGGCUUCGCUCGGAGCAUGAAGCUAUGGUACCUCGCCUACGAGGCAGGCCUGAACGAGAGCUCGCUAGCGGUGUCUGGGGAAAACCCGGAUGUUGUCCGUCGGAAGGGAUGGGGUGCUUUUAAGGCUCUGUAUUUGGACGGCCAAGAUUUGCGAGUGGAUUUGGUUAGGUUUAGGGGGACUCUUAUGAAGGCAUGGGAGCUCCUUCAUGUGUGA